CUUUUUACAAACCGAAUCCAGAAUAAAACCACACUAAAUCAACACCAUGUCUUACUUUGCUCACAUAUACGAGCUGGGACAUAAACUGAAACCAUUUUAAAGAGGUAGCGUAACUGGUUAUGCAAGAAGUGGGCAAACACCGCCCAUUAGGUGGUGUAUUCGUAGGGUGACGCACAGAAGGAGCGGAACCACCAAGUUUCACUUACAUAUAUCUUUCUAUACCUCGACCACCCGUGGGAACAUUACAAAAUAAAUGACUUCCCACCGUAAACUUUCCCAAAGGGACUGUCGGAGUUGAGACAGCAUGAUGUUUUUCUGCCUCAUGUGUCGGACAUGGCCUCUGCUUCUCCUGGGAGGAUUUGUGCUGUCAGGAGUGCCCCACGUCUCAGGUAUUGAGAUCUUCGCUCCGACUGACGUGAACGUGGUCAACGGGACCGAUGUCAAACUCAAAUGCACCUUCCGCUCCAGUCACCCUGUGUCGGCCAAAUCUGUCAUAGUUUCCUGGAACUUCCGCCCACUGAAUGCCAGGAUAGAGGAGUCGGUGUUCUACUUCCACGAGGAAGCGUACCCUCCUCAGAGCGGCCGUUUUAAAGGCCGGGCGGUGUGGUCAGGAGAUGUCACUAAAAAUGACGCCUCCAUCACCCUCCAUGAGGUGCCUCCAACUUUUAACGGCACGUACAUCUGCAACGUACGCAACCGUCCAGACGUGCACGGCAGCAACAAAGAGACCAGCCUGAGCGUCGUCAGCACAGCUCCGCCCUUACUCUCCGAGGUUGGCAUCCUGAUAGUCGCAAUCGGCGGCAGUUGCGCGAUGAUCCUGCUCCUCCUCGGGAUCUUCGUGACCGUAAAGUUCUACAAAAAGAAGCGCGCGGGCAACGACAUUGAGAUGCGUGUUCCCGAGCGCGAGCGCAAGGACCCGACCGUGUGUAAACCCGAGGAGGCAGUUCAUCUCAUGCUCGUCAAAGAUGAGAAGGAAGUUAUUAGCUCAGAUGAUGAAGCGUCUGAGCCCAGCAGCGGAGGUGAUGAUGAUGAAGAUGAGGAUGGCAGUGAAGAGGACGAUGACGACGAUGAUGAUGAUGACGACGACGAUGAUUAAAUGGGAGACGUUUCCUCUGAGCAUUCAUCACAUGACCCUAGCUAUUAAUUAUUGCCUUCAUCAACCAUUUGUUUAUGUUUAUCAAUUUAAGUGCUUGACGAAGAACCCAUUCCAUUUUUAUGAUUGUUCAAAUGUAGUUGACUUUUGCCGUCUACUUGCAUCGGGGCCAAGUGAGUCAGCGACUCACUAGAUCCAUUAUGGUCUGGCGUGUUGCAAAGGUGAAGGAGGACAGUCUGCGUGUUAUUCUUAUUACAGCUGUGUCAUAAAUGGCUUUGCUUCUUUA